GCCUAGUCUCGCGCGCCUCUCGCUCAAAGUCCGCGAUCCUCGAGCCACGACCAGCGCCACGUGCUUAUCCUUGAUUUCCCGCGAUUAUAGAGUCAACGAAAACUGAUGCAGGACUCGGAUUGUUGAGGUCCAUGCGCGACUCGUCUCGCUGCUGCUGCUCCAACUUAUCGGCCUCGAUAGUGCCAAAGCCCGCUCAAGUGUAAAACGCGAGUGUGUACGUGUGUCUAUAUGUAUGCGUAUCAGCGCCUACAAGUUUUAGUGCAGUUUUUUUGACAGCCGUUGCAACUCGGACUGAGAUCUCCUUGUCAUCUGGAUUGUAUCGUGAUGCUUGCCUUACGCGCUAAAAAGGAUAAUGAAAGUAUGGUUAAAAUGUCCAUCGAUCGCUAGGAGAACUGGUCCACGAGUAUAGCCAUCAAAGUCCAAUUUUUCCCGAUUCGUCGAUAAAUUGCGUGCGCACCCCGACUCGUACGGUUCAUUCGUAAAUUUGCUUCAAGAGUCGGGAAACUUUCGAUGUUUUCCUCGUGCGAGCGUGAAAAGCGAGCAUGGCGAUUCGCGGAGAAAAAGAGAGGAAAAAUGCAGGUCCGUGCUGCUGCAGCGCGUGCCAGAGAAAAGGAAAGACGCGCCGCAGAGCCGAGAAGAGAUGGAAUCGGCCGCACGACGAGUACGAGGCUAGAAUAUAGUCCCCGCCUGCCUCGUCGCUCGCCAUUGGUCUGGCUCGCCGCGGAGGUAGGAUCGCCGAGCAAGGGAGCGUAGGUCGAGCGUAUGUACGUACGUACGAGAGCUCCUUUGGCCAGCCAGCCGAUCUCGUCCUCGUAUAUGUCUGUCUUUUUUUUUUUGUCGCGUCGGGCCGCAGCGGAGCCGCGACGAUCGGCCUCUCCGUCCAAUUUAAUAGAGCCGCAGAAAGCGAGCGAUCAGUCGUAAGAGUACUCGCAGCCUCGACUUUUAUAAGCUCCAAUACGACGAGCUGCUUCGUGACUCUCUCUCUCUCUCUCUUUCUUUCUCUCUUUUGCGAUCGGACGCGAGGCUAUAAUAUUCGCCACCGCCGCCGCGACGACUCGACGCUCGACUCAACUCCAAGCUGCGACUCGAGCUCGUCGUCGUCGUCGUCGUCGUCGUCGUCGACGUCGGCUGAUUGCCUAAUCAACGCUGAUUUCCCCUCUUUUAUUAUCUCGCUUGUGCUUCGGGCGCGCGAGGUGGCAGCGGCGGCGGCGGUGGCGGCCAAGCCGGUCCGGACCAGGCCACUACUGCCUGCACUCGCCACGAGCAAUUGAUUGAUCUAUACUUUGAUUGCACUGAAUUGAAAGUAGUAUACAAUACGCCUAUGUAACGACACACGUGCCAUUUCUUCUUUCUUUUUUAAUUCGAUAAUUGUUCGUGAUUCUCUGUGCCCGCGCCGAGACUUUUCUCUACCGAUCGCUGCUCUCUCUCUCUCUGUGUCUGUGUGUUGUGUUUUCCACGACGAAUAAUAAUCGGCACCUUUUUGUGUGAAAACGCCAAAGAGCUGGCCUACGACAUGGACGGUGCACCCUUCGACGAUCCGAUUUUUUCGGAUUUCGGCGCCCGCAGCGGCAGUGGCGUGCACAGCAUUCACGUGAUGCUCGGUCUGCACGGCAAUCAUCAUCAUCAACACGUCGCCAACGAUCUCAUGCCAACUGCUGGUGCUCAUUUACAGAAAUUAGGCUCCGCAGAUGGCUCGCCACCGCAGCACCAAAGCUCUCAUCAUCACUUGCAACAGCAGCAAUCGUUAUCCGGCCCACAGCAUCAUCAACAGUCUCAACAGCAACAGGUGAAGGAACUGAAGGACUUGGAAUUAUCGGGAAUGUACGUGUCGAUGGCUCAAUCGCAAGACGUUGCCAAUCAAAACUCCACAGGCCAAGCUCAGCAGCAACAGCAGCAGCAGCAACAGUUGUCGAUCGGCACCAACAGUAGCCUGAAGAGGAAGGACGAUCAACUCGGACAUCAACUUACAUCUGGUACCAACGACACGCCGCCGACGAAAAAAGACUCAAAGAAAAAGAACGACAAUAACGGCAUAAAGAAGAAAAAGACGAGGACGACGUUCAGCACGUACCAGCUGGAGGAGCUGAUGCGCGCCUUCGAGCGGGCCCCCUACCCGGACGUGUUCGCGCGCGAGGAGCUGGCCCUGAAGCUGGCCCUGUCGGAGUCGCGGGUCCAGGUCUGGUUCCAGAACCGGCGCGCCAAGUGGCGCAAGCACGAGCUGCCACGGAAGAGCGCCACGGCCUACAUGGCUCAGGGUGCGGCCAGUCCAGGAACGACCGGUAACUAUUGCAGCGGCUCGCCCCGGGCGAACAACAACAACGGCUCGACUAACGACAGCCUGUGCUUCGCAGCGGCCGGCUUCAACAGCCUCAACGCGAGCCUCAAUCCCUUCCCGACGGCCGUGACGAGCGCCGCCCCGAGCGACGCCUGGGGCUACUCGCCGGCCUACGACCUGGCCUCGCACCUCAACCUCCUCAGCCCGACCAACUCGCCCUACUCGAGCGGGCCCUUCGGCGCCGGCGGCGGCAACCCGAGCGGCAACGGCCAAGCCGCCGCCGCGCCCAACUACCCGUACGCGACGAUGCUGCCCCAGCACGACGCCUCGGGCCUCUUCGCCGCGCCCAACUCCAGCGCCAACGCCCCGAUGCGCGUCGCCGUCCACCAGGACUACGCCAUGAGCACGAGCAACAGUCCGCCCUCGAGCCUGACCCGGCCCGAGUACCAGACCAUGGUGGCCGGACACUCGCCCCCGGCCGCCCACUUGGCCAGUCCGGACCACGACGAUCACCACACGGCCAAGCUCUCGGACUACGCGCUCAGUCCGUCGGACAAGUACGAGCAGGCGGCCGCCAACGAGUAUCAGCAGCAGCAGCAGCAACAGCAGCAGCAGACGCAGCCCGACCAGCACAAGAACGAGUACGGCAUGCACCAGCACUCGCCGACGAGGCAGCAACAGCAGCAGCAGGUCCUCAAGGACCAGUCGCUCGUCAAGCAGGAGCCCGGCAGCCAGCAACAGAAUUACGUGCAGCUGCCGCCUUUUUUGAAUUGACACGAACCCUCGGGUUCGUCGUGCCGCGAUUCUACAGCUGAUGAUGCUACGCUUCUCCGAUCUUCGGCUACAAAUUUCAAUUCUCGUUCUCCUUUAUCCGUACUUUACGUACUUUAAAGAUUCUUUUUUUUUUUUUUAUCUCCAACUCUUACUUUGACUAGUUAUGUAAUAUUGCGACUCAACCUGACUGAGUCGAUCAUUUUAUUCGAUAUAGCUUUAAGAUUGUGUGAGGGAAAAAGUUACUUUGAAACUUGUGAAAGGCUAGACUAAUCAAAGAAAUAUAGAUUUAAUCGAAUCUCUCGGUAACUUUUUGGAUUCAACCAAAAAUUUACAAAACACCGGCAGAUUUCUCAUUUACAAUUAUCAUUAUUUAUUUUAUUUUACGAUUUAUUGUAUUUUUAUUUAAAACCUAGCUUUAAUCAUGAAUAUUUAUAUACUAAAAAUCACCCUGUACUUUUGUGUUUAGUUUGGUAAUUUUCAACUAACUUCAUUCAUCAUUAUUUAACGUUUAAUAAAAUAGUUUAUAUUUUAUUUCACUAUCUACUUUAAUUUAAUUGCAACGUAGUUUCAAGUAUCACGUAAUAAGGCAUAAGUUUCUAUUUAAAUUA